AUUGACCAGGGGAGUUUUGUAUAAUUUCCUGUUAAUUAUUAACCUUCGUCAUCCGUAUUAGUAACAUGGCCGCUGGAGGCUCUUUGUCACGGCUCGUGUAUCCUGCGUGUGCUUUUGUCAAUAAAUAGUUUAUAUUUAGAAGAGAGGGGAGCAGCUUGUCCUCUUUCACUUUCGGCUGUAACCGCGGCAGUGAGCGGGGGAGAAGACGGCGAUGGCCACGGUCUCGCUGGCCCGGGACACUCUGUGCUGUCCCAUCUGCCUGGAGCUGCUAAGCGAACCGGUAACGCUGCCGUGCGGCCACAGCUUCUGCCGGGCGUGCAUUGGCCACCACUGGGAGGUGCAACAGCGAGGCGCCAGCGGCUGCAGCUGCCCGAGCUGUCGGCGCAGUUUCGAACCGCGACCCUGGCUCGGCACCAGCACGCUGCUAGCCCAGAUCGUGCGCUCCCUGGCGCAGGCUUCGCCACCGGCCGCCGGACCCGGGGACGUUCCGUGCGACUCAUGCCCGCGCCAGCAGCCGCUGAAGGCAGAGCGCUCCUGUCUGCAGUGCCAGGCCUCCUUUUGUCACAGUCACCUACAGCCGCACCGCCAGAGCCCGGCUUUCCGCCACCACCGCCUGGCACUGCCGCUCCAUGACCUGGGCCUGCGCCGCUGCCCCGCGCACGGCAAACCGCUGGAGAGCUAUUGCCGCACCGAGGGCCGCUGCGUGUGCUGGGUGUGCGCCCUGGAGGAGCACCGGGAGCACCAGGUCAGCACUGUGGAGGAGGAGGCGGCUCGCAGGCAGAAGCUGAUCAUGCAGCGGAAGAAGGAACUGGAGGAACACUUACAAAGCACGGCCAACGAGAUUGGAAAGUGGAUUCAAAACAUUGACUGUAUCAAGGAGACCACUCAGCGGGUGAAGGGAGAUGCCCUGGCCAAGUUCAGCGAGGUUUUUUGUGCAGUGGAGGCGGCGCAGAAGGAGGUAGUGGGCCUCAUCGAGCGCGAGCGGCAGGCCGAGCUGAUCCGGGCUGAGUGCGCACGGAAGGAGCUGGAGCAGAAGUGGACUGAGUUGAGACAGGAGAAGGUGCGGCUGGAGGCCCUGUCCCAGAUCGACGACAGCAUCGCCAUCUCACAGGAGUAUCUGGAUUUUAACGAGAUUGCAGAGAAUCCUGCUUCACCACCUUUACCGACCAAUCUGGACACUAAGCUGAUCAAGGUGGAGAGAGCCGUGUCCAGACUGUCCACUCUGAUCAAGGAUCAUGUUCAGACCACUUGGGCAAAGAACCUGGAGAACAUUAGCGCAACAGAUAUGGAGGAAAGCAGUCUGAACCCAUCGGAGAGUGCAGCCCUCCAGGAAGAUCCAAUGCUUCCCGAAAUGCAGAGUCGGGAGGACCUCCUGCAGUAUCGCUGCCAUCUUUCACUGGACCCCAAAACAGUGCAGAAGGAACUGAGCCUGAGUGACGGCAACCAGCGGGUGACCAACAUCUACCCGAGGUCAGAGGAGUAUGAGCCCGGCCCCGAGAGGUUCGACGUGUGCUCCCAGGUGCUGUGCUGCGAGCCCCUGAGCGUCGGCCGGUUCUACUGGGAGGUGGAGCUGAACGACGGCGAUGCUAUGAUCGGGAUCACCCACGCCCGCAUCCGCCGCAAGGGCUCGGACAAUUGCUGCAUCCUGGGCCGCAACCCCUACUCCUGGUGCGUGGAGUUCUGGUACAACAACGUCUCGGCCUGGCACGACAAUGAGGAGACGAGGCUGCAGGUGGGGAGGUAUGGCCGAAUCGGGGUGUGCUUGAACUGCCCGGCCGGCACCCUCACCUUCUACGGAGUGGCGGAGCAGAUUGCCCUCAUCCACCAGUUCCACGCCUCUUUCACUGAACCUAUGCACCCGUCCUUCUGGGUCUACUGUGAUACCACGCUCAGCAUCUCCCAGUGCCCCUGAACUCUGACCCCCAACCUUUUGCAGUGAAGCACUUUCCCAAUGAACAACGCGAAAGCUAUCAGACUUUUCCUGUCUGUGAUCUAUGCUAUCGGAAUCUGGCGCAGGUCCCAUGAGGACUCCUCUGCUGUCAUGGACUUUUCCUCACGUCAUCGCCAACAGUAGCAGUAAAGAUGGACAAUGUUGUAAAUUCUCAGCAGGUCAAGCAGCAUCUCCAGUGAGGGAAGCCAGGUUCAGUUGCUGAGAGGACUUAGAGAGAUGGAUAGGAUGAAAUGAGUGUCUCCAAUGGGACGGGUUAAUGUGGCAUUUAGAAGUAGAUAACUUCUAUAACUCUAUAAAGUGUUACUUGUGGAACUGUAGUAGGGCGCACCCAGUAGGUCAGGUGAUAUUGAGAGAGAGAGAUGGUAUAGAUGCUGAAAGGGGCAGUUCCGAUAUAGGAAGAGUGAGAACAAGUUGGAUAAUUUGGCAUUGUCCAAAGGCUGUACCAGGCCCAGAUGGAGGCUGAUAGAUCUUUCUACAUAUGAGGGGCCAUUCUGCAUGUUUGUGCUGGGCCUUGCUGUGACAGUCCAGAAUGUAAAUGCUUUCAGGAACAUUUUAUUACCCUCUGUUGCUGGAGCUUUGCUGAGACUUAGAGUGAAGACACGGGAGGUGAUGUUGGGUUUUCCUCCUUGAAUCUGGAUCAGGUUUAUUCCCAAACACAAGGAAAUCUGCAGACGCUGGAAAUUCAAGCAACACACACAGAAUGCCGGUGGAACACAGCAGGCCAGGCGGCAUCUAUAGGGAGAAGCACUGUC